CCUCCCUUGAUUCUAGCAGCAAGAUUCACAAGAGCUUUGAGUAAACGAUCGAUACAUACCACAUCUUCCACAUUUACUCACCGAAAUGGCCAUCCCAACUAAAGUCACUAUCAUCGGGGCGACCGGAUUGAUCGGUCAAAUCAUCCUCAAAGCAUUGAGCUCGGAUGCAAGCAUCACCGUUACCGUCCUGUCCCGCGAGGAAUCAUCGAACACCAUUGAAUUUCCAGCAGGCGUUACUGUCCAUAAGACCAACUUUUCAUCCUCCAGCCUUGAGUCACUUCUUCGCGGUCAACAUGUGCUCAUCUCCGCAGUUGGUGGGACGGCCUUUACUGAGCAAAAGAAGUUCAUCGACGCUGCUAUCGAGGCAGGUGUGAAGCGAUUCAUUCCGUCCGAGUUCUCGACCAGCAGUGAAGACGAUGCCGUCAUUCAGCUUCUCCCUCUUUUCCAGCAAAAGAGAGAUAUCAUCGACUAUCUGAAAGAGAAGGAGGAAGCGGGGUUGACUUGGACUGGGAUUGCUACGUCCGGGUUGUUUGACUGGGGUCUCGAAUCUGGGUUCCUUGGCUUUGACAUCAAGACCAAGUCUGCAGUGAUCUGGGACGGCGGUGCCACAUCGUUUACCUUGACGAAUGAGAAACAGCUCGGCAAGGCGGUUGUAUCGGUCGUCUUGCGGCCGGAAGAGACGAAGAAUCGCUUUCUAUAUAUUGCGUCUGUUGAGACUACCCAGAACGAAGUCUUGAAAACGCUUGAAGAUGUUACAGGCUCACAGUGGACAGUGACAGAGACUACGACCGAGGAGCAGGUUGCUGAAGGGCGUGAGAAGCUGGGGGCGGGUGAUUUCAGUGGUGCGUUUGCGCUGGUUCGAGCAACAGCUUUUGGGAAUAUCACUGGCUUGAAGACGAAUUAUGUCAAGGAUCAGAAACUUGCCAAUGGAUUGUUGGGACUGGUGAUGGAGAGUAUAAGGGAAACAAUUGAGCGAGUUGCUGGGGUCUAGGUCACCCAUGUGACGACUUGCCUGCGGUGUGGAAUAGAAUUUGGUAUAUAGUACAUUUAAGGGGUAGUAGUUUUUGGAUCCUCCAAUGGAUCAUAGUAUACCGGGACGAAAUAGUACAAAGUACAAGUUUGAUAUCUACGAUAGCUCUAAC